AUGAAACGAAAAGAACAGAAAGCUGAUGUUGCCGGAAAGUUGACAGAUCCCGCUAGGAAAAUGAAAGUGGUUUUAGUGGGCGAUCUGUGCGUUGGUAAAACAUCCCUUGCUAAUGUCUUUGUCAGCAAUCAUUUUCAAGAAAAUUACACAUCAACAGUUGGAGCAAACGUUACGGCCAAGACUUUGGAUAACCCUAAUGUUACUUUACAAAUCUGGGACACAGCUGGCAUGGAGCGGUUCAGAAGUUUGUUACCACACUACAUGCGGAAUGCAGAGUGCGCAAUUUGUGUGUAUGACAUGAGCAGCAGGGACACAUUCUCGUCUAUUGCUGAUUACUGGAUUGACUACGUCAAGGCUGCCAGUUCAGAGGCGCUAACCAAAGUACUGGUAGCAAAUAAAUGUGACACACUGACGAAGGAGGGGCGUCAGCUUGCAGAAACCAACAACAUGCUGUUUUUUGAGACAUCGGCCAAGCACAGCAUAAAUGUCGACAAGAUGUUUAUAGAGGCAGCAACAGCCGUAUUAAAAACAACACCUAAGCCAGAAGUACAAUCAAACAGUGGAGUGUGUCUAGAGUCAGUGGGAGAGAGAAAAUUGAAAUGUUGCUUGUCUUCUUGA